AUGAUUUCCGUCAACCUCAGCCAGGGCACCUCUCUGCCCGGAUGGACAACUGUCCUUUGUCUCCUGGUCGGCGCAACUGCCGCUUGUCUUUGGUUCCGUUUCCCGCUUACGCGUUCCACGCGGGCAUUGUCUUCGGUGAAGCCCACUUCAGAUUCCACACGGUCCGCUCGGUCAGGCGUCAGCCUCCGUCAAGUCAACCCUGACAAGAACGAGGCAAACACCGACAUCGACAUCAUUGCCAUUCAUGGCCUUGACACAAAGUCGCCGGACACGUGGGUAUGGGUAGACCCCAACGAUCCCAACAAUACCGUUAACUGGCUGGCCGACCGGCGAAUGCUCCCCAGCCGAGUGGGAGCAGCUCGCAUCUUCACAUGCGACUGGCCUGCCGACCUACGUCAGCAGUCGUCAGUUCCCACGACGCUCCACGAGUCUGCCCAGUCUUUGCGCGACAGCAUACAGCACCUAAAGGCAAAUACCACAAGACCCAUUCUCUUCAUCGCAUCGUGUCUUGGUGGUAUUAUCUUGAUAAAGGCUCUCGAGAUUGAUAAUCAGCACACCAAGGACAACGCCGAUUCGCCUUCUCUCACAAGGACAACACGAGGCGUCGUGUUUUUGGCUACACCUUUCCGAGGCACUGCGUUCAAAAACAUGCCUGGCCUCCUAUUGAAAGCCCUGGCCGCCCUGCAAGACCAAACAGUGACUGCACUGAUUGAUUACACACUGGGCGCGACCCCCGACCUUGACGAACUUACGAAAGGGUUUAUAACGCUAACGAAGAACCACAACUACCAAGUAGUCGUGUUCUGGGAAGCGAGGAAUACCGUUCUUCUCCGGAAGUUUCAUCUGGCUUGGAUGGUGUCAACAUGGAUCUUACUGGCGUGGCUACUGGUCAAUAAGUACUCGGCAACCCUAUCGGAUUUUAAGACGCAGCGGCUUGAUCGACCCCACGUCAUGAUGAACAAAUUCGCCCACAGCAACUGCACAAAUGAGUGCAAGAAGGACUGCACGGAGAGUGAUGAUUUCGGCCAUGUGUCCCGCAAGAUCGAGGUAAUGCUCAAGACGAUUCGUGAAGGAAGUCCACUCGAGCAAGCAGACGGUUGGAUUCGCAAAAGACACUAUACCCAGGAGAAACUGAAGAUUGAGCGACUUUCGGGCGAUACGUUGUCCAUGGAUCGCUGCUACAUCAAUCUCGCCAUUAUCGGGGAGCCUAGAGAAAACCCAGAGAAAGGAUCGGAAACGGACGCAGUACCUCACAAAUCCCCCUUUUCACUCACCGCUCGGCUGAAGGUUGAGACGCCGGAAAAGAAUAUUCAAGUGGAAUUGUCGUCUCUCUUCGAUCCGCGCAAAGACUCCGAAGGCCAAACGACAAACCCAAGAAGAAUCUUAAUCCAUGGACGCGCCGGGGUCGGGAAGACUACCCUGUGUAAGAAGAUGGUCAAUGAAUUUACCCGUCGUUCUGGAGAGUUUCGAAAGUGGAACGAGUUGUUCGACCGCAUACUUUGGGUGCCUCUACGGAGGCUGAAAGGAUGGUCAUCUCCGCCAUAUAAACUCGAGGGAUUGUUUUGUUAUGAGUAUUUUGACCAACACCUAAACUAUAGCAUUCUUGCUAAAGAACUUUUCCGUACGGUUGACAGUAAUGGCCAAAAGACUCUGUUUAUCCUUGACGGUCUUGACGAAAUAUCUCAACUCUUGGACGAUAAUCACCCGAAAUUCUCUUUGCUUAAACACCUGUUAAACCAACCUAGCGUUAUUAUUACAUCCCGACCGCACGUCUCACUCCCUAGGGGAGUCCAUUCCCCAGACCUUAAACUGGAAACCGUUGGAUUCUACCCGGCUCAAGUGGUCGAAUACCUUCGAGCUACAUUUAUUGAUGCGAAAACGGUCGAAGAUAUUGAAUCGUACUUCCAAAGGCAUCAGCUAGUCCAGGGUCUUGUACGAAUCCCUGUUCAGCUGGAUGCUCUCUGCUAUACUUGGAAUAGUUUCGAGGAUAAAACUAUGCCGGGGACUAUGACCGCGAUGUACAAAGCCAUCGAGGAAAAUCUGUGGAAGAAGGAUAUUGUGAGACUGGAGAAGCGAACGCAGCGUCAAAUACGCGUCGUUCGCCGGCCCGAGAUCAGCAACUCUGCCGAAGAUGAGGUACAACUUCUUGAGAUUCUCGCAUUUACUGGCAUGCAUAGCGAUGUUAUCGACUUUGAGCCAAGACAUCGCGACGCUAUUUCCGAGCAGUAUAAUCCCACUGGGACGAACUUCGUCCUUGAUGAGAUGCUCGGACACCUUUCUUUUGUACGAACCUCAGACCCCUCAUCAAAGGACCGCGAUCGAAAUUACCACUUCAUACACCUCACCUUUCAAGAGUAUUUUGCAGCACGGUAUUUCAUUCGACAGUGGAAAGCUAAACAACAACUCAAUUGUCUGCAACUUAGCGGUGGGAAUCGUAAUUAUAUCGAACCUGCUACUUUCCUUCAGGAGCAUAAAUACGAUCCUCGCUACGAUAUCUUCUGGCGCUUUGUCGCCGGCCUACUUGAUGCUGACGGAGAGGCACUUGGCUUCUUCCAGACGAUUGAGGAGGAGCCACGCGACCUCCUGGGUCCUACGCAUCAGCGCCUAGUCAUGCACUGCCUAAGCGAAGUCGAGCGGAAGAAGUCGAAUUUCACAGGACUUCGAGCGAGGCUAGAAAACCAACUAAAACAGUGGCUGCUGUUUGAAUGCGACUUUAUGGGGAGUUCCAUCUUAGCCCGCGAAAUGGAGUGUCCAGAGCAGGUUCUGGUCAGUACAUUAAAGCAAGCAUCUGAAGGUGCAAGGUCGAUUUUUCUGGACUCGCUAUCCAGACGAACAGCAGUGCCAUCCAGUAUUAUAAACGUUGCAUCUCCCUGGCUGAACGACUGCGCUUCUAAACGCCUAUGUAUUGCUGUCUUGGGUCUCCUAAGACAUCAGCAUAAUGGCUUACCGCAGGAGAUGCUGCAGGGCAUCGCAGCGAGGCUCGAGGAUCAGGACGCGGACGUACGGGAGGCAGCAAUCGACGCGCUUCAAGGGCGAGCCGACCUUCCGAAGGAAAUACUGCAGGGCAUCGCAGCAAGGCUCGAGGAUCAGGCCGCGUACGUGCGGCUGAGAGCAAUCAACGCGCUUCAAGGGCGAGCCGACCUUCCGGAGGAGGUGCUGCAGGGCAUCGCAGCAAGGCUCGAGGAUCAGGACGCGGACGUGCGGCGAGCAGCAAUCGACGAGCUUCAAGGGCGAGCCGACCUUCCGGAGGAGAUACUGCAGGGCAUCGCAGCAAGGCUCGAGGAUCAGGACGUGGACGUGCGGCGAAUAGCAAUCGACGAGCUUCAAGGGCGAGCCGACCUUCCGGAGGAGAUACUGCAGGGCAUCGCAGCAAGGCUCGAGGAUCAGGACACGGGCGUGCGGCGAGCAGCAAUUAAGGCGCUUCAAGGGCGAGCCGACCUUCCGGAGGAGGUGCUGCAGGGCAUCGCAGCAAAGCUCGAGGAUCAGGACGUGGACGUGCGGCGAAUAGCAAUCGACGAGCUUCAAGGGCGAGCCGACCUUCCGGAGGAGAUGCUGCAGGGCAUCGCAGCAAGGCUCGAGGAUCAGGCCGCGUACGUGCGGCUGAGAGCAAUCAACGCGCUUCAAGGGCGAGCCGACCUUUCGGAGGAGGUGCUGCAGGGCAUCGCAGCAAGGCUCGAGGAUCAGGACACGGGCGUGCGGCGAGCAGCAAUCGAGGUGCUUCAAGGGCGAGCCGACCUUCCGGAGGAGGUGCUGCAGGGCAUCGCAGCAAGGCUCGAGGAUCAGGACACGGGCGUGCGGCGAGCAGCAAUUAAGGCGCUUCAAGGGCGAGCCGACCUUCCGGAGGAGGUGCUGCAGGGCAUCGCAGCAAGGCUCGAGGAUCAGGCCGCGUACGUGCGGCUGAGAGCAAUCAACGCGCUUCAAGGGCGAGCCGACCUUCCGGAGGAGGUGCUGCAGGGCAUCGCAGCAAGGCUCGAGGAUCAGGCCGCGUACGUGCGGCUGAGAGCAAUCAACGCGCUUCUAAAUCAAGCAGAGUUAUCGUUAAACGUCCUCAGCCCAUAUGUCAAAUCCUUUUGCAAGGCUUUACUACGGAAGAGCUUCGAGAAGCAUCUAUACUGGCACGCUUCGGACCGUGGUUUUAUAGGGGUUAAUCUUACACAUAUUUCUUUAAGUGGUAGUCAACAUGAAGGGAAGGAAGCGGUGAAGCUACUGUUACAGAAUGGCGCCACUACCGUAGCGAUGGAGACAGACAGCCGCUACUACACUUAG